GUAGUCACGUGACACGGAAGAGCUCUGAGUGUUUACAUGCUGCAUGCUUACCGGGCGUGCAGUUACACUGGACUUUAUCUUUUUCCCCCCAACUUUAUGAGAAAUAAUUAUGCAUUUUAUACGUUUUUCAGAGAUAAAAUUGACUCUUUUUACCAAAAGCGAAGAUUUUUGCUGCAUUUAAAUACAAAGGAGAGAAUGAAUCAAAGCGGCGGUGACGUCACAGUUCCCGCGUGCUUCAUAUCAACCCACGCGGGAUUCCUCGGGAGCAUCAAGACCUUCAUCAAAGACUUCGAGGUGUCUGAGAUCGACGUGAACGGCGUGAACGUCAAAGCAUCAUCAUCAGUAGUAUUUGACAGCAAACCCAGUUCAGAUUCAAAGGGGAGCGUUUGCUCACGUGACCCUGGAGGUCCAGCAGCAGGACCCCCCUCCCCAGAGUCCCACAGUUUUGGAUCAGAUGAUGUUCUCAGUCCAUCUGUCAGUGCAGAACUGGAGCGGUUCGCUGCCGCCCUCAGAGGUCAGAGGUCAGCCGCCCUGCAGCUGUCACUGGGAUCCUUCCCGGACAAACAGCAGAGAGCAAACGUCCACCGAGCUGUCAGGCAGCGUUUCCCCUUCCUGAUGACCGUCACCAGCCAGCAGGAAAUCAAGGUCCAGGAGGAUCCGGACUACAGGGAGCUCUCCCGGCUGACCGGAGACGAGGACGCCGAGGAGUUCUUCAGGUUCAUCGACGCCAAAGUGCCGGGAUCGUCCCAUACGUUCGAACCGGACGACGACAAGGAGCACAGGACAGAGGUGCACCGCUUCCUGAACCGCAGGUUUGGAAAACUGGUGGAGACCAAGAGCUUCAGCGAGGAGGAGAGGACGUCCAUCUCUGUCCGGCUGAGAGAGCACGGGAGGCCCAGGAAGAGGACGGCACAGGAUCGAGAGGAUGUUUACACUGCGUUCACGCUUCGUAAGGAGAACCUGGAGACCCUGGAGGCCAUCAGCCACAUGGCGUCCGCUCUGGGGGUCGUUCCUUCAGAUUUCACAUACGCGGGGAUCAAAGACAAGCGGGCCGUCACCCAUCAGUCCAUGGUAGUCAAGAAGGUCACUCCAGAAAGAUUGAAAGAAAAGUCGUCGGAGUUUGAGAAGUGGGGGAUGGAAGUGUCACACGUGCGCAGUGUGGGGGAACCCCUCAAACUGGGACGACUGCGGGGGAACCACUUUGACCUGGUGGUGCGGAACAUUAAAGCGCACGGGACCGUUUCACAUGCACACCUGGAAGGGCUGGUGAGGGAAGCGGUGGAGAACGUCAAGACCAAAGGUUUCGUCAAUUACUACGGGCCGCAGAGGUUCGGCGGUUCCCAGACGGUUCAGUCCGAUCAAGUGGGACUGGCACUGCUGAAGGAAGACAUGGUGGGCGCCGUGCGUCUCUUCUUCACUCCAGAGGACGGCGACGAUCCUCCAAACCAGGCAAAGCGACUCUUCCACCAAACAAAUAACCCUAAAGAGGCUCUGGCGCUGAUGCCACCAUCCAAACCCAGGGAGCGCUUGAUGCUUCGGGCCAUGAACCGCUAUGGAACCGGCCCGGAUGGUUGUGCUCAGGCGUGGCUCAGCUUGCCGCACGGCAUGAGAAUUUUUUACCCUCAUGCUUAUUGCAGCAGGGUGUGGAAUGAAGCAGUGGCUCAUAGGCUGACUACUCUGGGUCAUAGUGUCAAACAGGGAGACUUAGUUUGGACUGAAGAGAAGGAAAUAAAGGACUCUGGAGAAGCUACCUCACCUCAGAUCCACGUGGUGACAACCCAAGAGGAGCAAAGCGGCACUUAUACUCUAGAACAAUUGUUGCUGCCAAUGCCAGGAAACACUGUGAAAUACCCUGAAAACGCCAUGGCGACGUGGUAUCGGGAGAGACUGGCGCGUGACGGCCUGACAGACUGCCGGUUCCGAGUGGGCAGCCUCAAACUGAACUUACCCGGCUGCUACCGCCCCCUGCUGGCAGCCCCACACAACCUCCAGUAUGAGCUGCGGAGGGCAGACGACGGCGUCCAGGACAGGGCGCUCGCUCUGACCUUAAACUUUGACCUGAAUCCUUCCUGUUACGCCACCGUCUGCCUCAGAGAAAUCAUGAAGGCUGACACUUUAAGCUGAUGGGUCCUUAAAAAUGUAAAAUAUAUUAAAAGUUGGUCCAUUUUCAGUGUGCCAGGAUUCAAUCUUUGAAUUUUUUAUUUAUUUUUUUAGGGAAAGUAUGACAAUAACUAUACAAAAUGUAUUAAAAAAAAAACUUUUGUAAAGCCAACUAAGUAUAUUGCUAUUUUUUUAUACAAUGUUGAAUCUCUAAGUGCCUAAAAGGACUCAUCAACAAACAUUUGCACAAAUACACAAUCUAAAAUUGAUAAAUUAAGCAGUAAAAGGCACAAAGAACCAUAAAAACAGCAAUUAAGCAGCAGGAAACACUGAAAUUAAGAUUAAAAAUCAUUCAUUUUUACGCCGAUGACACUAUUUUGUCCACAACCAGCCAUUCCAUAGAGAUUGCCUUAUCAUCCCUUCAAUAAUAAAACUAAAUUUAUGAUUUUAGUUUAUCCGGUAGAUGUUUAUUGUAAAUAAUGAGGUCAUGUUAUAUGUGUGUGUAACUGUCAUACUGUUUUUAUAUUGUUGCUGCAAAUUGUUUUAAUUGAGAAUCUGUUCUUAAUGGACCUACCUGGAUACAUAAAUAAAAGUUCAACAAAAAAUAUGAAAAACUGACAUAAAAUACAAGAACUGUUUGAGAAAUAGUGGAAUAAUAACAUUAAUACAACAUGAUUAUAGUAUUAAAACAGGAGAAAGUACAAAUUAGAUGAUUA